GCGUGCAUUUCAUAUCCUGCGUCUUGCAAAACCGGAUAGUGGCGUUUCUUUCAAAUGUAUUGUUUUUGACAGCUCGUUAGCAGCUGUGUGUGCUUUCGAAAGAACCUUAGAGCUAAAAAAUCGCGUCAUUGUCUUCGUUUCUCCAUUCAUAUUGAUGUGUUUCUCGAAUUAUCGACAUAGUGUGGCAGAAAAUUCUUCCCAUUUUUCCUUGUUUCUGUAGACUGCUGCAGAGAGAUCUGUCUCGAAAGGAGAUUAAUAUUAUACUAUUCGCUCGCUAGAGGAGUUUUUAUUCUCUAAAUAUUGAUUUCUGUGACUUAGCUCUGGCUGGGUAACGGACUGUUCGAUGUUGAUCUUACUUUAGUUCUUAGUUGGUUUCCAGUUUUUUCCUUUUUUGUAAUUUUUUAUGGAACUACUGCAAAACUGCUAGGGCUCGAAAAUUUAUAUUUUGCGUUGGUAUCUGGAAAAAAAGUCUAGUGCUGUGUGAUUUUGCGUCAUUGGAAAGGUGAUAAAAAUGCCUAACCCUAUUAAAAACUUGCAAUGCCCUUUCAGUUUGGACCACUUGCGCCCCGGCUGGUUGCGUCACCGAACCGAAAGAAUGUCCAAAGGCAAAAAUGCCACAGCCCUGCAUAAAGUCAUCAUGGUGGGCAGUGGUGGUGUGGGCAAAUCCGCCCUCACGCUUCAGUUCAUGUACGAUGAGGGAACAAAUUUUACGUGUGAAAGGAGAUGAUAAUAUCCCUUUCUUACUUGUUGGUAAUAAAGCUGAUUUGGAAGAUAAACGACAAGUGUCAUUAGAGGAAGCUGAUCUUAAAGCUAGGCAAUGGAAUGUGCCUUACGUUGAAACUUCAGCCAAGACGAGAUGUAAUGUUGAUAAGGUUUUUUUUGACCUUAUGAGAGAGAUUAAAAACAGAAAAUUCUCUGAAAGUAAAACAAAUAAUGGACCCAAGAAGCCUGGUAGAAAGAAGAAAUGUGUUAUAUUGUAAAUGGUGCUGGUGUAUGAAUGUAUUACUAUUUUACAGACUGAAUGUGCCAGUAUUGAAAUGUUUCAUUACAUUUGUUUUUGAAAUGCCAAGAGAAACUUUGUAUUACUAAAGGCAAAAUGCUGAUUGCAUGCUUUAGCUCUUUUUCACUGAAUUUCACUAAAACCUAGAAUUUUCUUUUGUAAAAGUUUUGUAAUUUUCAAAAAUUAAUUGAAAUGGAAAAAAAAGAGCAGCUUCUACACUCUGUCUCUUAAAAUAAAAUCAGUGAUGUAAAUAGUAAUUGCAAAGAGCUAAUUAAUAAUGCUUUUUUCUGAAAAGCAUUGACACGUUUUUUAAUUUGAGAUAUUCAUUUUAGUAUUUGCUAAUUUCAGUUAAAUUUUGUUAGCAUUGUAGCAAUCUUCAGUUUAGUUCUUCAUUCGUUGAAUAAAAGUUGCCAUUUUGUUGAUGUAGAAAUUGAUUUGCUCACAGGAAAUGAUGUGUACAAAGUGUUUCCUCUUGUUUUUAUAUGUAUAUAUGAUUUUUUAGAAUGUGUAAAAUGUUUUGUUAUACAUAUAUGCAUAUAUAAAAUGUAAUAUUUCUGCUACAAAUGAGCAAUAAAUGUUUCUGUAUUUAAAUAAGAAGUUUUCUC